AUGAAUAAAACAGUAGACUUUUGGGAUUACUUUAAUAUGGAUUUCACGAUUAAUUCAACUGAAGUUGUGGAUUCAGUGCCAACUGCGGAACAGGAGUUUGUUGUUGGAGUGUAUAGUGUUUUGUUUAUUAUUGGUUCUAUGGGCAACGUUGCUGUGUUUAUCGCUCUGAUUCGGUCAAGGCGUAGGAAGUCCAGAGUUAACUUGUUAAUGACUCAUUUAGUCGUGGCUGACUUGAUUGUCACGUUUAUUGUUAUUCCAUUAGAGAUCGGUUGGCGCACCACAAAUGCUUGGUUGGCAGGUAACGGAGCCUGCAAAUUCUUUUUGGUCCUUCGAGCUUUCGGCCUCUACCUUUCUUCAAAUGUUUUAGUCUGCAUAUCUUUAGACAGGUUCUUCGCUGUGUUGUAUCCUCUACGAUUAGCGAUAGCAAGAAAAAGGAGUAAGACAAUGCUUUCUAUUGCAUGGAUUGUUGCGUUUCUUUGCAGUGCACCUCAAAGUCUCGUGUUUCGAGUGAUGCAUCAUCCCACGGUACCCGAUUUCGAACAGUGUGUGUCGUUUGGUGCAUUUUCGAAUCAACACCAAGAGUUGGCGUAUAAUGUGGCAUGUCUGCUUGCGAUGUACUUUAUUCCACUCGCCAUUAUAACUAUAUGCUACGCUUGUAUUUUCUUUGAAAUCUCGAAGAAUGCUAAAGACAUGUCAGGUAAAUGUUUGCAGUCAGAUCAGGGCAGGAUCCAACUGCGAAGAUCAGAUCAUAGACCAUUGGCAAGAGCACGUCGGCGAACUUUAAGAAUGACCGUGACCAUUGUUAGUGUCUUUGCUUGCUGUUGGCUCCCGUAUGCAACAAUGACACUAUGGUACAUGUUCGAUCGAAAAUCAGCCAUGAACGUCUCUGCCCGUAUCCAAGAUCUUUUCUUCAUAAUGGCAGUUUCGAACUCUUGUGUGGACCCACUCGUGUAUGGAUCUUUUACCCUGGAUAUGAAUAUCAUCCAAAUGAUUUUGAAGAAGGUGUUAUGUAUUCACGGAGAAAAUCUUGAUGGUGAGUACUGUUAUUUGUAUGAUUAG